GAAAAGAGGCCCGUCAUCACUGACCUUCCUGCCGAUAGAAAGGACGACCCCAAGGUCGGAAAACUGCCCAGCUGCUGCAGAAACGGAACCAUCUUGCCCGGCCUCAUGGACAAGAGCCAGUCCCAGUCUAUCUUUCAACUGCAAGUCUUCAAGCUCCCGCCUGAUGACAACAGAACCGCCCUCACUCCACCUCAGAAAUGGAAAAUCAACGGUGCCCUGAACCCUUCUUACAAAUGUGGUCCCCCAAUCAGAAUCGACCCCACCCAAUUCCCCGACCCCAGCGGGCUCCAGGCCACGUCAGCCUCAGUCGCUAGCUGGCAGGUGGUGUGCAACAUUACCAAGCCCGCGGUCCCCAGAUGCUGCGUCUCGUUCUCAGCCUAUUACAGUGACUCUGUGGUGCCAUGCAGCACGUGCGCCUGCGGAUGCAAAAUCACCGAGACAGGCAAAUGCAGCCCUAGAGAGCCCGCCAUGCUUCUUCCAGCUGAAGCUCUGCUUGUGCCUUUCGCUAACAGAACAGAGAAGGCAAAAGCUUGGGCCAAAAUCAAACACUACGACGUUCCCAAAAAGCUGCCGUGCCCUGACAACUGUGGGGUGAGCUUGAAUUGGCACAUCGACUCGGAUUACAGCAAUGGAUGGACUGCAAGGCUCACUCUCUUCAACUGGGGAAACGACCCUUUCCAAGAUUGGUAUACUGCCGUGAAGAUGAACAAGGCCUACGAAGACUAUGAAAACGUCUACUCGUUCAACGGAACCAGGAUGGAGAAGGAAGUUAAAAGCACCAUUAUGUUCACAGGGCUCAAGGGCUUGAAUUACUUGAUCGGGAUUAAGAACGGGACUGACCCGGAAAAGAAUCCGAUGGUUCCCGGGAAGCAGCAGUCGAUGAUCUCGUUCAAGAAGAAGCACUUUCACAAUAUUGAUAUCAAGGGGGGUGAAGGGUUCCCAACAAGAGUGUUGUUCAAUGGAGAAGAGUGUGCAAUUCCAAAACGGUUCCCCAAGAACAACGCACAGCAUCUCAACUCUAAUGCCCUUAUGGUCUUAUGUAUAGCCAUCCUUACUUUCUUGUUCAUGACAGAUCGCUUCCAUUGAUGAUGAUCAGCAACGCUAAAUUCUAUCUGCAGCUGCAAGAAGAUGGAUGUCUAUGCACUGAGGCUGAUAAAGAAAUAUGUAUGAGUGAUGCUACCGUGAUUUCGAGACCUGUCCAUACUCGAACUCGAAGAUGAGGAGAUUGUAACAUGUCAAAAACAAAAUGAAAAACAGACGAUAUGAUAAUUUGUAUAAGAUUUUAACUGCAAAGUAGUUAUUAUAUACAAAUGAGGAUGGAUUCGCGUGGCCUUUUUGUU